AUGAAAGUUAUUUUUACAUUAUUCCUUAGCUUGUUAAUUGCUCAGUGUGAUAAAAGUUUGAACUCUAAAAUAGAGAGUUUACUAUAAACACAAUUGGGUCAUACACUACUGUCAACAGCAUAACUAGCAUUGUAAACAAAUACUCCUUUGGAUAGGUAAACUUGUUAUCUACUAUAGAAUAAUAGAUACUUUGUAAGACUUAGAGGAUAAAUAUCAAAAAGAUCAGAAGGAGGAAGAUUUAGAAAACAGAGAGUUUCAAUCAAAAUGUGAUUAGGAUCUCUCUAAUUUGAACGAUGAGAUUGAUGCAAUAAAUAGAUUGAAAGUGAAAAUUUAAGGAGCUAUAGAUUAACUGAAAGCUAGUAUAGAGUAUGUUAAACUAAAAUAUUAAUUAGAUCAAAGAAAAAGAUCUUGAAUGAGAAGGAUGCUUUGAGAAAGAACUUGAGAAAAGGAAUGAAUGAAGUCGACGUUAUAAGAGAAUAUUAAGAGAAAGUUUACGAAUUAAAGAGGGGAGAAGUGGGAAAAAUAAUAAAAACAUUAGAAGAAGUGAAAUUGGUGUAUGCUUCAAAAUUAAGGACAAACUUUUUGGAAUUAUAGACUGAUAAAACAACAGUCUAGCCAGAGGUUUUUGCUGAAGUAACUAAGCAAUUAGUGAGUUUUGGUAAGUUCAAAUCUAUUGGAAAGCCUUUCUAAGAUAUAAUAGACUUUAUGAUUCAGAUGAGCAAGAAUGGAAACAACAUAGGUGUAUUAAGGAACAUUAUAGAUUUAAGUGAAUCUUUAAUUAGACAAAUAGACGAAAUCUGGUAAGUGGAGAGGAAAGCAGAGGAGGAGAGAGUGAGAUGGUAUUCAGAAUAUCAAAAAUUUAUGAAUACUGAUUUCAAGAUCUAUGAUAAGGAAAUAGGUGAAUUAGAGGCUUAACUUCAAGCUCUUAAAGAUAGAUUGGCAGAAAAUCAGAGAAAAUUGGAGGAUUUGAAUAUCAGACUUGAAUCGAAGGAAUACACUAAAGACGAUAGGAGAAAUGAGUGUUAAUAGGCAGCUUAUGACUAUACGUAAAGAAGGACAUCAAGAUAGGAGGAUCGUAAUAUAGUUUCUGAAGUGGUUGGAUUGCUUAAUGUGAAUAUGAGAGAUCUUAAGGAAACUCUUGCUCAGAAAAUGGCUGCUGGAGAUCGUAUUUGA